AUGAUCAAAAUGUUCAGUAAAAAUAGGUCUUCGCGGCGGAAAGAUAAGCCUCGCAGUGGAUUAAGUAAUUCAGAAAUGAAUAGUGGCUCAGGCAGCUUAACCCAGGCUGAGACUAUGUAUAACAGCAACACAAGUCCUGCACGAAAUACCAACACUGGUCACAACUCCAGUUAUUGCGGUGUUUAUGGUACCAGCAUGAUGGAAAGACCUCCUCGUAGCAGGGCCAUGUCCGAUGGUUCACCUGCUGAUUUUUCGGUACCAUCGCCCCUUGACUUUCCUUUAGAACACCUCCAGUCUUUCAAUGCCACCUAUGGGUUAAAUCCGUCUCAGAGAACUUACAUUGACAGCCGGCCGAUACCCCGCCACACACCAUUGAAGAGUUUAAUUAGCCCGACUCAUAGCAGGAGUAUUAGCAGCAGCCGGACAAAUAUAAUUAAUCAGUCUCAGGGGCAUAUUAGAACAGGUAGUAGUACUAGUACCAGCAGUUUAGGAAAUUCUUUUCAUAAUCGAUCACUUGAUGGAAUAGAACAUGACGGUGCCUACUUAGGAGAUACAUCUUUAGAUCGGCACUUUGAGCAAAUUCAGUACAGCAUGCAAAUGGACAAUAGAUUAAAUCAUGAUACAAGAUACAACACAACGGGUCGGGAUCGUUCACUUGACAAAGAGUAUCCACAUAUGGGAGCACGUUCAUUAGAGCGUGACCCACAUUCAGUUAGCAGAUCAAGGUCAACUGAUAGAGGUGGUGAUUACAACUAUCCAUCAGCUACAAUGCCUACAAUGCCAUUGCUGUCACAUUCAUCCAGCAUACAGCCAGAUCAUUCAUCCCAUGAAUUUCGUAACUCUUUAGUGUUUGAGAUGCAGAUCCAGAUAUCAGAUUUGCACAAGGAGGUAAGCAAGCUGCAAAAGGAUUUGGACCAGACAAGAGAGAAACUUUCGUCGAGUAUGAACUCUAUAAAAACAUUCUGGUCUCCUGAACUCAAAAAGGAACGAGCUGUUAGAAAAGAAGAAGCUGCCAGAUGCAAUCUUCUUAAUGAACAGCUGAAAGUCACACAGGCAGAGCUCAAGAGGCACAGAGAGCUUCUGAAAGAGAUGGAGGAUAAAGCACAGCUUGGCCCAGCUGGAAACUUAAUUCAGGAAGUCUCAACUUUGAAACAGGAGCGAGAGGUUCACAGUCGAGAAAUGUUAAUACUCAAGAAGACACUUGAGGAGCUGGAAAUUAGGAUUGAAAGUCAGAAACAAACAUUGGAAGCCAGGGAUGAAAGCAUUAAAAAACUGUUAGAAAUGUUGCAUAAUAAAGGGGUGAAUGCAUCACAGAUGAAUGAAGACAGGAAAGAACUUGAAGCCUUGAGGUCUCGGUUAAAUGAAGAAGAGAAGAAAAGAAAGCAGCUGGAAGAGGAUGUGGUUGAAAAGGAUAUUAGAAUUAUGGAAUUAGACAUGGAAGUGACCAAGUUGAAAGAAGGUAAAUUAGAUGUACCAGGAUUACCAGGGGAUCAUAAGUUGCAAGCCAUGCUCGAAGCAAAGGACUCAAGGAUUGAAAAUCUUGAAACGGAAGUGCAGCAGCUAGAAGAUAGAUUGCUAAAAGCUAAAGAAGACAGUGCUGGUCUGUUGUCCUCCCACGGCCGAGAGUCAACAUUCAGAGAUCUCAGCAGUGCAAAAGAAAAACUUCUAACAGCUGAGAUCCAGGCUUUGAAAAAUGAAAUCAGUAAGAAAGAUGCUGAAAUGUCAGGCCUGCGUCUCAAAGUUGACACCUUGGAACGGCAGCAGUCAGAAAGAGAAGGCCAUCUAGCAGUGCUUAAAGAUCAGAUUGCAUCCAAGGACCGCCAGACAAGCAUGUUACAGGCAGACAUUGAAGGUCUUCAAGACAGGGUUAAAUCUAAAGAUGAAACCAUAGAGCGCAAAAGUAAAGAGUCCUCGGCUUCUCAGGCAGAAAAACGGCGGUCAGAGCUGGAGGUCAUGGAACUGAAAGAUCAGCUAGAGAUUAAAGCAAACAGAAUCAGCAGCUUACAGAGAAAGAUUGAAAACCUCGAGGACACUAUUAGGGAAAAAGAAGAUCAGCUUUCGCAGGCAAGAAUUCGCCUGACUUCAACUUUCACAGAAUCACCCAGUGAUGCUACUUUAACUGCUCUAGAGGAAAAUCUUGCUGAGAAAGAUAAACAGAUUGAAAGACUGAAGGAACAGAGAGACCUCAGUGAGAAAGAACACCAAGAGGAGAUAGAUAUAUACAUGAAGAAAGCUCAGGAUCUGAAAGGCACACUGGAUAAUUUGCAGAAGGAUCUAACAACAAAACAGACAGAGAUAUGUGAGCUCAGAGAAAAGACCACAGAACUACAGACAAAGAAGUUUGAGCAAGAUGGGAAAAUCCGCAAGCUAGAAUCAGAACUUCAAGAAAGAAAAACAGAUUUUCAGAGGGUCACACUUGAACUGGAAGAGGCCAGACAGAGGAUAUCAUUACAGGAGAAAUUAGAAUUAGAAUCCAAGAAGAAAGAAGGACAACCUGCCAACUUAAGUAAACUAGAAAGCAGUCAUCUGCAGACAGAGAUAGAAAAACUUCAAGAUAUGCUUAAAGAAGCUGAAGCUGAAAAACUUGAGAGAGAGACGGAGAUGAAAGAACUACAGGAAGUGGUGAAGGAAUAUAAACAGAAAAUGGGAACUCUGAAAAGAAACCAACAAACAGAAAAGAAGAAGAAUGCUCAGUUGCUGGAAGAAGCCAGAAAAAGAGAAGAUUCAAUGACUGAUGAUGCCUCAAGUUUAUCUAGUGCAAUUAAGAAAAGUAAUGAUCGAGUAGAGGAGCUGGAGGAAGCAUUGAGACAGAGCGUCAUUAUCACAGCAGAAAGGGAAAUGGCCAUGGCAGAACUACAAGUACAAAUUGAUGAUGCAAAAACUGCUAUGGACGAAAUGCAUGCUGAGGUUGAAAUGCUGCAACAAACUUCACACGAUUAUGAGCUGACCAUGUCAGCACUAUCCAAUCAGCUGGAAGAAAAGGAUGCCCAGUUGAAAAAAUACACCUUGGAAAGACAAAAACAUUUGCAAGAGAUUUAUGAAAUGAAGCAGGAAACUAUCCAAGCUGCCAUUAGUGAAAAAGACUCCACACUGGCACUGCUUGAAAUGACAAGUACCAAAAACCAGAGGAAUAUGGAAGAGAUUGACAGACUGACUCAGGAGAAACAUAAAUUACAGGCACAGCUGAGGGAUGUGACUGCCAAGCGCAUGAAGUUGAUGCAGGGAGACUCUAGCAGUGAGAAGAAUAAUGAGGACAGUGACAGCAAGUCAGCUAGUGUUACAAACUCACCGAGUCGACAGAAAGUCCUGUCUGAAAAAGCUGAACCUGCAGACUGCUCACCAACUGAACAUUCACCCUAG